AUGCCAAAUUUUCAAAAGCCUUUUUCUGGCUCUUCGGAUGGCAAUCCUGUAAUGAACGACCUGGGCAAUAAAGUCGCUAUCAAGGUUUUCGAUUGUAGAAGUGCGCAGGAUGGCAACGAAGAGCAGAACGUAAACGUAACCACAAACCAAAUGUAUUUAAUGUUCCAGAGUAACAAUUAUAACGUACCGCCGCCAAAUUAUCAUGCGGAUGAUUUGGGCUCUCAAGUACCACCUACGCAUUCUUAUUACGCUCCAUUCCAACCUCCCGCCCAUCUUCAACCUCCCAUGCCUCCUAUUUAUAAAAACAACGCAUAUCCUGUCACAGACCAGUAUAGUGAUUCAUCAUUUCCUAAUACUUCAGGCCACGCUUCGGUAAUUGACGGCAAUUAUUAUAACGAUGCUCUGGCUUCUAUACCUACAACAACGACAGGUAGUACUACAAUCACUACAGACAAUGGCAAUACUAUUGAUAGUGAAGAGUACAUUGAUAACAUGGAAGUCUUUAGUAACGAAGAUAACGAAAAUAUUGAUAAUGUAAAGCAAAUUGAGCUGAAAUCUGAGAAAGGCUCGAAUCUUCUUUCAGCAGCUUCAAUCGUGAAAAAGGAACAACUUUCUGGCUUUGAAAAUCUGCUCCCUUUAUCAAGGACGGAGUCUGGCUUAGUUACUGCAGACGAGAUUAAGUCUUCCUUGGAUUUGGAGAAUUUGGAUGAUGAUAACACUGAUAGUAAUGAUAAUGAUAGGGUUUGUGGUGAUGGUUUAAGUUUUAAGUUAAAAAACUCACCUAUGCGGAAACAUUUUCACUUGAACCCCAAAAGAAUAACAAGGGUGAGAACUGGUAGGGUAUCACACAAUAUAAUUGAGAAGAAAUACCGUUCCAAUAUUAAUGAUAAAAUUGAACAACUAAGGAGAACUGUGCCAACGCUACGAGUAGCGUAUAAAAAAUGUAAUGAUCUUCCCAUUACAUCCAGAGACCUAGUAGACUUAGAUGGUCUAGAACCAGCAACAAAACUGAACAAGGCCUCCAUUUUGACGAAAUCUCUUGAAUACAUUUGCCACUUAGAAAGAAAGUGCUUGCAGCUAAGUCUGGCUAAUCAGCACUUAUCAAAUGAUACACGGGACUCAUUUGUUCAGCUUUCCGAGCCAUCGCAACCGCUGAGUGACAACAGUAGUAGUGAACAAGUACAAAGGCAAAAUAGAAACUACCAACGGCAGCGGCAGCGGCACCAACGACAACAACAACCAUUGCAUAACAUUCAAUAUAAUAUUCCACAUCAAAACGGCCUCAUGAGCGGCACCAACAACAAUUCACAUGAUAUGGAUUUUAAUAAUGCAGGAGACUUUUGA